AGUGAGAUUAAGUGGGAUAGGGUUAAGAUUACAACAAAAGCGUUUUUUAUUUUGGGGAAUUUUGCAUUGCGAAGGCAUGGAUUCGUUACCUCCCGCAAAGCGACGUCGUGAUAGCAAAGACGGCGAGGUUGAAGCUUCAACGCUUCAAAAGUUGUCACCGGUAGUGAUCUUCGCUCAUGGUGCUGGCGCUCCUUCCUCUUCUGAUUGGAUGCAAAGGUGGAAGAAUAUGUUGAAGGAGGCACUGCACGCUGUUGAUGUUGUCACUUUUGAUUAUCCUUACAUGUCGGGGAAAAAGAAGGCUCCUCCUAAGGCAGAAAAACUGGUGGAGUUUCACUCAAAUAUUGUCAAGGAAACUGAAACUAAGUACCCUGGUCACCCCCUCAUACUUGCAGGCAAAUCAAUGGGGUCAAGAGUUGGCUGCAUGGUGGCUAGCAUGGAAGACAUUAAUGUUUCUGCUGUAGUAUGCUUGGGCUACCCAUUGAAGGGAAUCAAUGGUGCGGUCAGAGAUGAAACAUUGUUACAGCUAACAGUUCCUACAAUGUUUGUACAGGGCAGCAAGGAUGCUCUGUGUCCACUUGACAAGUUACAAGCCACUAGGCAGAAGAUGAAAGCACCCAAUGAGCUACAUGUCAUUGAUGGUGGCGACCACUCUUUCAAGAUUGCUAAGAAGCACCUGCAAGCAAACAAUUCCACCCAACAUGAAGCUGAAGAUGUUGCUGUGCGGACCAUUGCCACUUACAUUUCCAGUACCCUUGAAGGAUGAUGUAUGCCCCUACCAUAUGUUGCGCUCUGUAGUGUAUCAAGAUUUGUAUAUACAGUUUGUUGCAUCUUGCUUGAUAGUUAUCUAUGUCUUGUUCUUGUAGGUGGGCUGUAAUUUUAUUUUGGGAUUUGUUUUUUCUUUUCAUUCCAGUAGAAUAGACAUGCAUUCAUUUCUCGCUGACAGAAUUGAUUAACCUACUUGUGUUAGUUUAGCUAAUAGCAGUUUCAUGUGUCCAUGUUAGCACUUGUUUGGAUAGGCAUUUUUAUCCUAGAGAAUCAUGUUUCAUGCCAUAACUGAAGUUUGAAAUUUGUGCCAACAGGUUUAUCAAUUUUGAAGCGAAAUUGAUUUUAC